AUGGAAGAGAUUCAAGCUUGGGAAGAUUUAUCAAACAUACCAGCAGAUCCACCUAUUAUGCGUGAUUUAUGUAGAAACUGCGAAAGACCAAAAGUUGUUUGUUGGUGUUCAGCUCUACCUCCUGAACGCUUAAACCCAGAAAGUAAUAUUAUUCUUUUGCAACAUCCAGCUGAAGAAAAGAGGUGUCUGCGUACUGCUCCUAUGCUUCAAUUAGGAUUAGCAGAAAACAAGUGCCUUAUUUACAAGGGGAAAAAAUUUCCACUGCCUAAACAUGAUAACUUAGAAAAUAUAUUGAACCAACCUAACACAAUAUUGUUAUAUCCAAGUAAAAAUGCUAUUGACAUUAGAGAUUUAAAUUAUGAUGCAAAAUUUUAUAAUCUUAUUUUAAUUGACAGUACAUGGCCUCAAGCAAAAGCAAUAUAUGCCUCCAGUCCACUGUUACACAAAAUAAAACAAGUUAAACUUGUAACAAGCAAUACCAGUAGUUAUAUAAUAAGAACACAACCUACUGAAGGUUGUUUAAGUACACUAGAGACAGCUGCAGAGGCUCUUUCCCAAUUAGAAAAUAAUUCUAUAUAUAAUGAGCAAUUAAUACAGCCUUUACAUAUGUUGUGUAAAUAUCAAUUAGAAAAUGGGGCUGUAACUCAUCAAUCUAAAGAGUUCUUAAUCAAAACAAGAACAUACCCUAAAUUAAUUGGUAAAAGAUUAACUAAGUUACUUAAAUCUACCAAUGAAUAUGUUCUUGAUUAG